CAUGAGCUCGAGAGAUACGAUGUUCCCGUCGAAGAAGGGGCUUGGAGUCCAGCUGAGCCAUGGAAUCAAUGGCCCCAGUAACUUCUUAUCGCAGUACAACCCGGAGAAUCCAUGGGUCUUUGCUAGGGAACGGGACAGUGGUUAUGGGCUGAAGACGGUUCCCAAUUCCUCUGUGAGGCUCUCCAAAGCCCAGCUGGUUGGUACGUGCAAGGCCAGGGAUGGUGGUAAGGAUGCACUCUACAAGGCGGUGAUGCUAGAGGUUCCGUCGGACCUGUUGCACUCUUUGGAGAACGACCCUCAAGACUUUUCGAAAUGCGAUGCAGUGUAUGAUCCCUCUAUUGGGAGGAUGUUGGACUUUGGGUACAUCAAGGCCGCAUUUAAGCAGAAGAGAGUACCCAUAGUUGCGUAUACUGGUGGUGCAAGUGGUGACUAUUUGGUGGUGCAGAGCGUUACGGAUUUGAAACAGGAUGUAAUGGUGAAUGGAGAGGCCAUCUCAAUGGAACUGCCAACAUUGAAAGGAGGUGCGAUGCUACAGUUUGAAUGCUCCAUUAAACAGGUUGAGACCUUCAAGUCUGAUCCCGUAUUCAAGAUCCCACAGAAAAGCAUUAUGGUGAGAACCUCGUUGGGAUGCUCCAUAGUCGAUGUGAAGAUCACAAAGGAUGGAGGUAUAAGUCUGAUUAGAGCUUUUGACAUAACAGCAGAGUGCCUUGGCGAGGAGAUUGCACAUGUCGUGAACAAUCCAUUUGAUUCAGGUACAGUGGGUAUUAUUGGUGUUAAGGGCAAAUGGGCGAUCUACAGAAGGACCAAGGCUAGGAUGGUGCCAUUCAAAGAAGGGUGUGCCUUUGUACCUGACGAGCUAUCCAGUUUCAAGAGAAUAUCAUGGGGCUUUAACGAGGAUACGUUGCUAUUGAUUGGAAGAAGCUAUGUGAAAUUGGUAAAUCUGAGGAGAGAUGAGUGUCAGGAUAUUAUAACUUGUAAUGGGUGGUCAGAGAUGAGGGAAUAUUCCAGAUGGAGGACCAGCAACAGGUAUGGCAUGCUAUUGACUUCAAGGGAGUUGAUUUGGGUUGAUGUUGAAGGAGACUCGUUCAAGAGGGUUCUUUCAUGGAAGCACUGUCUCAACCCAGAUGAUCCCUCUCUGAGAAUGUCGUUACAAAGCUACGAUGACGUUCAAUACGUCUUUGUUCACAGUGAAAUGACGCCGCUGGUUGUUGUAUUCCAGUUCAAAUUGGAUAAUGGCUUUCCCAAGUCGAUCAAGGACCCCUUCAUCUAUAAAGUUGAGAGCCAUGAAAUGAUACACGACUUCGUACUCCAACCUUUGUUCGAAGAUGAAGGCGAUGAAGACGAGUCUGCUGACGAUGGUGAUAGUGAACCUGCUGACAAUGGUGAUAGUGGACCAGAUAACGAAGGUCAUUCAAACAGCACAACUGCAAAACCACAAGGAUUGUGGUUUGCUCUCUAUAAAUUCUCAAAAGACCUGGAGCUGACUAGGGUGAUAUUGUCAAGUGAAAACACAACCGUUUUGAAUGGAAUCACACCCCCUCCAAUGUUGAAGCAGGCCAAGGAGACGAUAACCAAAGCUCGUAGUCAUGAAAUGGGUGGAUGGGAAAGGAAGGCCACGAUAAAACGUUCGAGGGACUCGCUGCCUGCGUUAUUCAGUGAUGUUGAACCCGUAUCAGAAAACGAUGAGGACGACGAACAAGUUUUCCUCAAGUUUGCAAACAGCUUUGACAUCGAUAAACUUAGACAUAGCCAACCGUCAUCACUGAGAGAUGGCUCUGAGCUUUGUGGGUUCUCGGAUUUGGAGGAGUUCGAUAACAUGAUGGAGCAGUUGGUCGAGCAGUGUAAACUCAAGGGCAUUCAGCAUGUUCCCUUGCCACAGCUGUUCCAGUGUCUGGUUGAAGAUUCAAACGAGACAAAUUUCAAGGACAUCCAGAGCAGAAUGACUGCAAUCUGGCCUCAAGAGACAAUCUGCCAUGAAGUCACCAGAGACUUGGCCCUGACGUUAUCGAUAUUCCACAGUGAAGAGCACGAGGACGAGUUAGCGAAUGCCACCUACAGCACGUUGGAUAAAGAGACCAGGGAGCUCGUUGCCGGGUGGGACUCACCGGACGAGGAACACGAGGCUGAGCCAGUGGAAGAGGAUGAGUUCGUAGACCACAUACCAGCUCUAUCUUCACAGCCAGCCAUUGUCUCGAGCCAGACACAGGCUCAUUCGCAGUUCGCACGCAGUUCACUGAAGAGGCCAGGUGCCUUCAGCCAGAAGUCGCAGUCAUCGCAGUCCACACAGAGAAAACAGAAGAAGCGUAAGAAGGGAUUUGCCUAAUAUGGAAGCAUAUUCACGAGCCACACGAGCAGCUGGAUAGCUGGAUAGUUUGAGUAGCGAGAUAGUGUGUAUAAGUAUGUGGUCACGUGAGGAGACAGCC